GCUGGAAUUACCCGUUUAGAUCCCCGUCAGCAGGCUCAGUCUGUCCAAUCAACAUCAUCGUCAUCAUCCCGCCCACUACCAGACAGGUGACACCUCCCCCUCCCCCUUCACACCUUUCCACCUCACCUCUGUCGGCGUGACAUCACCGACACCUUGUCCUCUCGAUGGAUGUGUUUGAAACAGGAGGGGAGGGUGUCCCUGUUUCCGUGACAACUGUCAGGUUAUUUAGCCAGCAGUGGGAGAGCUUUUGUGUUUUUUGAGAGUUCAACCUCUGACUGUACCGAGUGAGGAGCCAAACUUCAUCCUCCUGCUUCUGUCAUGACUAUUCAGAGAGUGUCUCAGAUGGUGAUUGAGGAGGUGAGCGUCUUGCAGACUCAGCUGGAGAUCGAGAAGUCAUGCCGGGAGAAUGCAGAGGCCCUGGCCACAAAGCUGAGCUGCGAGAACAGGAAGCUGAAGUACCUGAGCCUGUCGUCUCGACCCUGUUUGGACGAGCUGCUUCCCAGCAUCUCGGACUGCAUCGCCCUGGAGGCGGACUCGGACGCAGAGCCGGCGGAUGGCAGCCCCGACACCUUCACGCAGUACCAGCAGCAGGUUAAAGAGCUGAGGGAGACAGUAAACAGCUUGUUGGAGGAGAAGAAGAAUUUCCUCUGUCAGAUUCACGAGCAGCAGAGGCGGAUAGAUGAGCUGACUUCACAGGCAGAGAAAGAUCAGGUCGAGAUGAAGGAGCUUCGUGAAACUGUUCAGCAGCAAAACAAAACCAUCAAGAGGUUCAACAGAGUGUCUAUGAUGGCAGCUCAGGAGUACGAAGGGAUGAAGGAGCAGCUGGACUUGGAGCAGAGCCUGAGAGUUAAAGCUGAGACGUAUGCACACGAGAUGCUGGUGAAGCAGAAGGAGGCCAACAGGCAGAGUAUGCUGCUGCUGCAGAGUGCUGAGCCCAGCGUUCAGCUCCUCAAAGCUCUGGAGGACGUCGCCGCCAUCACCAAAACCCUGGAGGAGGAGCGUCUGCAGCAUCAGCAGAAGGUGGAGAGUCUGGAGGCCCAGCUGGAGCAGAGCUGUGUGAAGAAGCAGCUGGAGGCUCUGCAGAGGCAGCUGGAGCUGCUGGAGGUGGAGAAGAGGGAGGUGGAUGCACGACUGGAGGAGGCAGAGAAGAAGAACGAAGAGCUGGAGAAGAGGGUUCACGAGCUCCAGGUGGAGACCCAGAAUAAGAUCGCCAUGACAACAAGCACAGGACCCCCUCCCCCCGAACCUGGGGUUGCGCCUCCUCCCGCCCCUCCCCCACAGCCGCCUCCACCUCCUCCUCCUCCCCCUCCACCCCCUCCUCCACCUCCCCCCUCGAGAUGCAACCCCCUCAGCUCUCUCAUAGCCAUCAUGAGGAAGUCUUCAAAGGGCUGUAAGGCCUCUGUGAAGGUGGAGCAGCCGCCAGCUGCUGAGGGCGUGGACGACGUCAAAGUGAAGGCGGUGAAUGAGAUGAUGGAAAGGAUCAAACACGGCGUCGUCCUGCGGCCUGUCAAGAGUCAGGAGAGCAAGAGAGCAGCAGUCAGACCGCCUCCGAUCUGCGAGGAGAAGCAGCAGGAGAGCGCCAUGGAGGAACUGAAAGGCAUCCUGGAGACGGUGAAGCGGAGCCCCAGCCGAGGGUCUCAGGAGUCGGGGCCGUCGCCACCUGGGAAGAAGGACAGCGAGCUGGAGGUCAUCCUGAGACGCAGACGCAACAAGGCGGGAGAAGCUGGCUCCGGAGAUGAGCGGGAGGGCCAGAUGAGCCACGUCUCCUCCUCAGACAGCCUGAACGGGAGGAGAACCAGCAGCGACUCGGGCAAGGAUCCAGAGGGGCCGGGGGUGCUGAGCGUCCCCUCCGACUCGCCAGGUCCCAGGGUUAGCCCAGAGAGGCGGGGGUCGGGACCAGGACCCGUCGUUGCCCGGAGGAAGAGCUCCGACACGGGCAGAGAGCCCAGAGCGGGCUCCUGGCUGGAGAGGAGGUCCUGCAGCUCUCUGUCGGAGAAAGACCCGGCAGAGUCUCCGGUCAGCAACGGCUGCAUCGACAGUGUGGGGGAGGACGAGGACUGCGUCCAGUCAAACGGGGUCGAACGCGCCGAAUCCGGUGAGGACGCACACGCCGCCGCCUGCGCAGGCCCGGUCAACGGCAGCACCGACGCUGAGUGCUAGGAUGGACUCUGAGGAUCCCGGGCUUGUUUCUGUAACCUGAUCCAUGCUGUUAUUGGCUGAUGGGAACGUGAUGUCACUGGUUGUCACGCUCUCAUCAGAAGGGUUAGGGUGCGAUUACACUUUAGCAUUUAGUUACCAGGAACAGAACCACGACUGAAAGGUUGACUUUUCAGAUUCACACUAAUCAAUUAAAAAGGGGAGGCCUGCAGACACAAGUCACGUGACUCACAUGGAGCCAAUUUAUCGAAAGUUUCCGUCUAAGCAUUUUUACUUUGAUGGUAAAAAUUACUUUCUCUGGACCAGAUACUCAUUUCAGCAGACUACUUGUGGUUACGGUGGUCACUUUUUCAUAUCUUUUAUUCAGUCUGAACUGGUGACACUCACACAUAAACUAUUUAAGGUCCAAUUCUACUGAAUUUUGCGGUUAACAUGCGGUGCUUCAUCAGAGCGUCGCACUUCACAAGGGACAAAGAUGGGGGUGUCCACCCAGUCGUCACAUUCCCCCCACUGCAGUCACGUGACCUGGGAGCCAGUGCUGAUCGUAAACUUUCACACUGAAGUUAGUGGUGUUUUGGCCAGUGUGAAAGUCAUAUAAUCAGUCCAGAGUUCGGCCGAUAAACAGUUGAGAACACGCUUGGUGUGAACGCACCCUAACCUGUCGUUGUAGAAAGCUCACUUCUCCAACAAACUGUAUCUGUCGCUCAUGAGUGCUUAGAAAUAUUCAGACUAUUUUUCUUGCCAAUCCAGUUCAGUUCAUGGAGUUCAUCGAUUUGCUGGUAAAAUUAAUGAGGGGGCAAAACAAAUGAGUGGCUCCCUUUCCCUCAUUUGACUCCAGUAUUCACACGACUGCAAACGUUUUCCUUCGUGUCGCAGAGCAGCUGAUUCGCUGAUUCACAUCGUUCACUGACGGCAGGUCCUUUUAAAACCCUCAUUAAUCAGUCACAUGAGCAGACGGCCACAGUGCGGUCAGCGUGGGGCUUUCUACAGACCGAAGCAUCUAUCAGUGUGCUGUACGCCAACAGACCUGCGGAUCCCGGAGGACGCCCUGACCGAACUGUACGGGGGAAGCUGCACUUUUCUGCACAGAACCUCAGUUUUUAUUUUCAAACGCUUCAUCUUGUACGAUGACUGCAGAGCUUUAGGUUGAUGUUUCUCUCUACUCGAUGGACAAAAGCUCCGUUCAGAUUCCAGUUUCUUCAGCUUCUCCCCAGCCUCCCUCCUCUUCACUGUGAGCUGUGGUGCAGGGUGCACACUUGAUUUAUGCAGAACCGUAAAUUGUUCUUAGCUUCAUCAGUGGCCAUGCUGAAACACAUCGUGGCCAUCACUCCCCUCAGGCCUCACCGCCAGCCGGACGAGAACGCGCUGCAGAUUGCUUUGUCAGUCAUUGGUACAUCGAUAAGACGUCCCAGCCCUAACUGUGAUUAUUAUUUGAAUGACUGACAAAGCAAUGCAUCACAUGUUCCACUGCAGCCGCUGAUGAAGACUAAGAGGCGUGGCUGAGAGCUCCAGAGGCUCGUGCACCGCUGACUGGAGGAUCAGGUGUUCUCAGUAUGUCAUUCAUGGACUUUCUCUGCUGAGUCUUCCUCAGUGAAAACAGCCAGGAACCUUUUUUUUAACAACCAGGGUGAAGCGCUGAACGUGGACAAGCUCUUUGCUUCCACUUCUGCUGCUGUGAGCUUUUCAGCGUGUCGACUAUCAGUGUGUCGUAAGGCUUGUGAGGGUUCGAGGUGGACGUCCGGCAAACGUGGAACAGAAACGUGACCAAUAUUUCAGGUUUUAAGGGGAACACAAGAAGUUUCUCCUCCAGCGGCAAAGACAGUAGCACACUUCCAACUAAAUCACAUCUAGCAGAAAUGUUCUCAGGGUCCAGUGGGACAAGAUUUCACAGAAGCCACUUAGCAGGUGUUGACAGCAGGAGAAACAAACUGAAAGCCUUUAAAAACAAAGAAAGUUGUGGUUAAAAAAGCAAAGAGAACAGCUUUGGAGGAAUGAGUGGACUUUCUACCUCUCCACACACACCUGCCUCCAAACCUCCUGAAUUACAUUUUGUGGUGUGAGAGCUAACAAGAUGCUGUCGAGAUAAGAUGUCUUCCACACGCCUUCCUCCACUGAACCAGUCCACAGUCCCGUACGCACAGACUCUGAGACGCCCUCAUUGUUUCUGUACUCGGUCAACACACCCUCCAUCACAUUUCACCAGCACCCCUUGACUUGUUUUGUAGGGCCUACUGUCUAUAUAUAGCUUUCCUGACACGUGAUGCAACAUUAAGAAUAAACCUGAAGAGUAUGCAAUUCCAUAAGCCACAUGUGUGUGAUGCUUUGCCACCUUCAUUCCUUCUUUAAACACAGAAUCACAUUUAAAGAUGCAUUUUCUUCUGUUCGUUAGGUGUGUUUUAUUCUAACUCAAAAGGCGUUAAUGAACUGUUAGCUGCACAUGAAACAAAUUGUUAGAGCCGUUAAGCUGCCACAGGCCUGAUGAUUUUGCAUGAGGAGGCCUUGCACAGGACCUCAGGUGCCUGCACACUUUUCAACCGAGUGGCUGCUUAACGAGGAGUUUGGCUGACUAUAGAUAUUGUGUGUGUUUGGGAUAUAAAUGGAGUGUUCAAACGUUUUUUAAAACAUGAAUUUUCAUCUUAGCAUCACUUGAAAUAAAUUUCAGUUUAAAUUUCAA